GUUAAAACAGACGUCCUGCGUGCAGAAUGAAUUUGUUCAAGAGUUUAUUGACAGUUUUGCUCAUUUAUUUUUUUCUUGGUGCUGUUUCCAGCUGGUAAGCUAGUUUAUUAAAGCAGUUGGCGAUGUCAGCGAACUCCAAGAGGAGAAGAGCCACCUCUCCCUGCAGUAGUGUCAGCGGAGGAGCAGAUCCGGAGGAUUCCUCGACUCCUGUAAGCAAUCGGAAAAGGAGGAAGAUUUCCAACGUUGCUCCUGUUGAUACGAUUGCUGUCUGUCAUGAGCUGUUUAAUGCUGUUAAAGACUACAAGGAUGGCCAAGGGCGGCAACUUUGCGAUGCUUUUCUUAGAGUACCAAAGAGAAGGAAUCAGCCUGAUUAUUAUGAAGUUGUGUCCCAACCGAUUGAUAUGACAAAAAUCCAAUACAAACUGAAGUCAGAGGAGUACAACGAUGUUGAGCAACUAACUGCUGAUUUUCAGCUCAUGUUUAAGAAUGCCAGAAAUUUCUACAAGACUGACAGCGAGGAGUAUCAAGCAGCGUGCAAGCUCUGGGAAGUGUAUUUGCAAACAAGGAAUGAUUUUGUGCAGCCUGGAGAUGGAGACGAGGAAGAUGAAGAAGGUGACGACAUGAUGGCUAAUUCAGGAAUGUCAGCUGAAUAUGAGACAUCAGGUUGCAACUUGAAAGAAGUACUGGAGCAGCUCUUGGAGGCUAUAGUAUCACACACUGAUCCCUCAGGCCACCUUGUCAGUGAACUAUUCCAAAAACUUCCCUCCAAAGUGCAAUACCCAGACUACUAUGCUAUUAUAAAAGAGCCAAUCGAUCUCAGAACGAUUGCUCAGAGAAUACAGAUUGGUUUCUAUAAAACAGUUACUGCUAUGGCCAAGGACAUUGACCUGAUGACCAAAAACGCCAAAACGUACAAUGAACCAGGAUCUCAGGUUUUCAAGGAUGCAAACACCAUAAAAAAAGUUUUCAUCCAACGAAAGACAGAACUCGAACACGCCGAGCCUACUAAAUCUAGCAUUCGCAUUAGAAACCGAAAAUCAGGACAAGUGGAUCGUUUUUCUGGUGUUAGCGUUGCUCUUCAGUACGGUUCAGAGAGUGAGGAUGACCCUGUGCUGUCAGGCUCCGUGUGCUAUGAUGAGGGAGAAUCUGAGGCAGAAAGCCAGAGUUCAAGCAUGGAGAUGAGCAACCCAAUCUUUCAGCUCUAUGAAGCUGUGAGAGGGGCCAGAAACAACCAGGGACAGGUCUUCUCCGAACCUUUCCAACAGCUGCCAUCCCGCCGGGAAUAUCCUGAUUACUACCAGCAGAUAAAACAGCCCAUCUCGCUGCAACAAAUAAGGGCAAAGAUGAAGAAUGGAGAGUACGAAAGCGUAGAGCAGAUCGAUGCUGACCUCAAUUUGAUGUUUGAGAAUGCAAAGCGCUACAACAUGCCUAACUCAAGCAUAUAUAAACGAGCCUUCAGACUACAGCAGAUUAUGCAGGCAAAGAAGAGGGAGCUUCUGAGAAAAGAUGAGGAAGAUGGCGACAGCAUUUUGUCAUCUGAUGCAGGGAGCGUCAAAAGAAAAAGCCACAAAAAAAACGUAAAAAAGAACCGAAUGAAAGUGUUGUAUGCAGCCGUGAGCGACGCCAGGGAAGCAGCUACCAACAGACGUCUGUGUGAACUUUUCAUGGUCAAACCGUCCAAGAAGGACUACCCUGACUAUUAUAACGUAAUCCUCGAACCAAUGGACCUGAAAACCAUCGAGCACAAGAUUAAAAAUGAACGCUACAGCACUGAGGAGGAACUGAUAGAGGACAUGAAGUUGAUGUUUCGUAAUGCUCGACAUUACAACGAGGAGGGAUCUCAGGUAUAUAAUGAUGCAGACGUCCUGGAGAAGAUACUAAAAGAUAAACGAAAGGAGCUGGGACCACCACCUGAGGAGGAGGAUGUGGGAUCACCUAAAUUAAAAUUAAGAAAAAGUGGUGUUUCUCCAAAGAAGUCCAAAUACCUCACUCCUCUGCAGCAGAAGUUAAAUGAGCUCUACGACGCUGUCAGAAACUUCACAGACCGCAGAGGUCGUCGUUUAAGUACCAUUUUUCUCCGGCUGCCGUCUCGCUCCGAGUUGCCCGACUACUACGCAACAAUAAAAAAACCCAUCGAUAUGGAGCGCAUCCGAAGCCACAUGGUGACAGGACGCUACCAGGAUGUUGAAGCUCUGUUUGAGGACUUUGCUCUCAUGUUCAACAACGCCUGUAUCUAUAAUGAGCCAGAGUCGUUGAUCUAUAGAGAUGCUCUGGUGUUGCACAGAGUGUUGCUGGAGACGCGAAAGCAGCAGGAGCGAGGGGAUGACUCUGGUCCUCCUGCUGUGGGACCUCUGGUGCGAGAGCUGAUCAGGAAUCUGUUUGUGUCAGUAAUGAGCCACCAGGAUGAAGAGGGCCGGUGUUACAGCGACUCGCUGGCUGAGAUUUCAGCUGUAGAUCCAAGCGACCCUGAAAAGCCAGCACUUAACUUUGACAUCAUUAGGAUAAAUGUGGAGCGAGGUCUUUACCGGAGACUAGACGUCUUCCAGGAGCACAUGUUUGAGGUGUUGGAGAAAGCAAGAAGGCUAAACAGUACUGACUCUGAGGUGUUUGAGGAUUCUGUUGAGCUGCAGCAAUUCUUUAUUAAGAUCAGGGAUGAGCUAUGCAAGAAUGGGGAGAUCUUACUCUCUACUGCCCUCAAUUAUACAUUAAAGCACCUACACAACGAUGUGGAUCAGGAGAAGAGGGAAAAGAUUCCUAAAGAGAUAGAGGAGGAUAAGCAGAAAAGAGAGGAAGAAGAGGCAAGCAAAGAGAAAAGGGCAGAUGAUUUGCAGAAAGAGGCAUGGCAGCCAGAAUCAGAUUCACGACUUGUUUACAGCCAGGACUGCAGCUUUGAGGACAGAACUUACCACGUUGGCGAGUUUGUUUAUGUGGAACCAUCGGAACCAAACCUGAAGCCUCAUAUUGUCUGCAUCGAACAAUUGUGGGAGGAUGAAAUGGGUGAAAAGUGGCUGUAUGGCUGCUGGUUUUAUAGGCCCAGUGAAACUUUUCAUUUGGCCACACGCAAGUUUCUGGAAAAGGAGGUCUUCAAGAGCGACUACUCCAACAGAGUACCCAUUAGUAAAGUUCUUGGCAAAUGUAUGGUCGUUUUUGUAAAGGAUUAUUUCAAGAUGCAACCAGAGGGCUUUAAACCAGAGGAUGUGUAUGUAUGCGAAUCACGUUAUUUUGCCAGAAACAAGUUGUUCAAGAAGAUCAAAGUUUGGGCCAUGCCAGAGAGUUCAGUGAAACUUGUACCUCGAGAGGUUCCUCUUCCUGUUGUGCGUGUCGCAUCAAUGUUUGCCAAACCUGACCUGGAAAAAUUGGCAAUGUCGUAUGCGGGAGCAGGCAAAUUUAUAGAAAAGGAGAGAGAGGAUGUCCCUAUGGAGAUGAGUGCAACGGAGCCGGGCUGCCAGUACUAUGAGCAGUUACACUUUAACAAAAUGUGGUUUAAAGUGGGAGACUUUGUUUACAUCCAGUCACAUGGUCUGUCUAAACCUCGGGUUGCAAGGCUAGAAAAGCUGUGGGUACAGAAUGGGACUACAUUCUUCUUUGGACCCAUUUUUAUUCAUCCUGAGGAAACGGAGCAUGAACCUACAAAGAUGUUCUACAAGAGAGAAGUGUUUCUGAGUCAUCGAGAGGAGACCCUUCCCAUGUCCUGUGUCAUAGGUAAAUGUACAGUGUCCUCCUUUAAGGACUACUUGUCAAACAGACCCACAGAGUUUUCAGAGGAAGAUGUCCUGCUUUGUGAGAGCCGCUACAUCGAGGCAGAGAAGACGAUGAAAAAAUUCAAGGGUUUGAAACGCUUCUCAUACUCCUCCAAAGUGGUGGAGGAUGAAGUCUUUUAUUUUAGGAAACUGAUAGUGCCACAAAAGGAAGCUUCACCCUUUUUGGACAAGAAGAUCGAUGAGCUUGAGGUGAAGCUGGCAGACAUGGAGGAUGGAGAUGAUGAUAUGGAUGACAUGGAAGAAGAUGAAGACGCUCCUGCCACCCCUUCUAUGCCUCAGAUGCAGUCCUCUCUUACCAGUGACAUGGACAUUAUGAAUUACACACCAUCUCAGGCAACUCCUAAAGUAAAAGGCCUGGCAAAGAAGGAAGGAGCCAAGAGAAAGAUCAAUAUGAGUGGAUAUAUCCUGUUCAGCAGUGAGGUGCGAGCCAUUAUUAAAGCCCGUCACCCCGAUUACUCUUUUGGGGAGUUGAGUCGUCUUGUUGGCACGGAGUGGAGAAACCUUGAAGCUUCUAAGAAAGCUGAAUAUGAAGAGCGCGCCGCUAGAAUAGUGGAGCAGCAGGAACAUGACAGACCCUUCAAGCAAGGUUCCCCUAGAGCAGGUACCCCAGUAGGGGCACUGAUGGGGGUGGUGCCUUCACCUAGCACUAUGGGAAUGAUAAACCAGUCCAUGACCCCUGUGUCAGGCAUGAUGGGAGCUUACGGCCCACCUUACAUGCCCAUGCAGGGUCCCCACGAGGGUUUGCUGAGUGUGGCCCCAAUGCCACCUCACCCUGCAGGGGUGCCUAACCUGCCUCCUCACCAUCUCCACCCAGGCAUGCCGGGGUACCCGGGCAUGCCACAUCAGGGUAUGGUGGGAGCUGGUAUGAACGGCAUGGCUGGAAGUCCUGGGCAAAGCAAUUUCAUUCAACAACCUGGGAUGUUCAGUCCAGGACAGCAUGCUCCUCCACCAUAUCCAGGACAGGGCCAGCCUUCUCAUUUGCAGCCUACAACUCCAAUGUUUGUAGCACCACCACCAAAAACACAGAGGGUGCUCCACUCAGAAGCCUACCUGAAGUACAUUGAGGGAUUAAAUUCAGAAUCGAACACUGUCAGCAAAUGGGACCAAAUGUUAAAAGCUCAAAGACGCGAUGCUCACCUGACCAAAGAGCAGGAAAGUCGGCUUCCUGCGCACUGGCUAAAGAGCAAAGGAGCUCACACGACCAUGGUGGACGCACUGUGGCGUUUGCGUGACCUAAUGCUGAGAGAUUCUCUGAAUAUCUGUCAGGCAUACAACCUAUAACCUCCUAUAUAGAACCACUCACCUCAGUAGUGACUCUUAUCCUCAACCUCUUCAACUGAUAGACUGUAGAAUCAAUAUUAUCGUGAGUGAUGACCACUUUUUUUAUUUAGCAGACUAAAUGAGCUAAAUAGUGUUUGUGUGGGUUUUUUACCAUUUGGAAUAAUAGUUACGCUAAACAUGAUUUUUUUGUUAUUUUGUUUUUGCUUUUUGAGCUUCCUGUGCAACCAAAAUAAAACUAUAAACACG